AUGCAAGUCGAAUAUUCAGAUGUUGACCCUUGGGAAGCCGCACCCACUGCCGUUGCCGCAGAAGUUGCUCCGAUGGAGGUCGAGCCCGAGCCCACUGUCGACGGCGACGCCGCCACUCCUAACAUCCUCAUCCCGCCGGAAGGCCAAGAGCACGAGCCCACUCCAAUCCCCACCGAUGACGACACCCCCGCAUCCGAUGCCCAAACAUUCCCCGCGACGCCCGAAGAACCCCCCACGCCCGAGAUCAACGUCCCUCGCGCCGGGAGGCAGCUCUGGGCAAAGUGGCUACCGCCUCGACAUGUGUCUGUCGCAUCAUCCGCGCUGCUGGGGAAACACCAGUAUCGGGAAUACAACAUCGCAAUACGCAUGGACUACCGCCUGGUUCUGAAUAACACCCCGAACGCACGCGCAAACUUUGCGGAUGGCGAUGCCGGGGUCGCCACCGGAGUCAACUGGUCCAAGGUCUCUGGGGCCGGGUCCUUCGCACUCGACAGUGCGCCCAGGGGCGAUGGUCGCUUCCUGCAGCGCUUUGGUAUGUCUGUGCGGGAUAUCCCAGAAGACAACGCCUGCUCUAUCUGGCUUUGCACCAGUAGAGCUGCAGACUCGUCCAUGGUGCUCGCGCGCGAGUGGCACGGGCUGUCGAAGACAGGCCCGCCGAACACCACCUCCGCCCCAAACCUAUCCCUCGUUGCUGGAUAUCCAGGUGCGUGUCAGAACUGCCUGAUAGACGGAGGAAAUAGCCUGGGAGCGAAUGUACUCACGCGUCGUGUUGUGCUCAUCGGCCUUCUCUGA